AUGGAACCCGAGUCUGGAGGUGUAAACCAACAAUUACUCGCUGAGAGAGAAGCUAUUCUGAAACAACUAGCAUUGCUGGGAUCAGGUUCUGAAGACGAAGGUGAUGGUGAUGAAGAAGAAGCAAAAGAGGUGAAAUUCGAAGUAAAAGAAGUUAAAGUCGAAGUAAAAGAAGAAGAUAACAUUAAAGUGGAAAUUGUUGAGACCGAAGUUGGCUACUCUGAACCCGUAUUGUUUAACAGUUCUCCUGACAGCAUUCAGAGCUCCACAGCCCUUGAAGAGGAAGAGGAAAUUAUAAGCGACAGGGAAACUCCAAUCGAUUGUGACGAGGGGGAAAAACGAGAGGCAGAUUCUUCCAAUACUAGUAGUGAAAAUAGUCGUACACCUCCAGUUGCAGUAGAAAAAACAGUACUAGAUCGAGUAGACUUCGACAAAAGUUAUCCUUUGCCAGAUGGGUGGACACGUAUUGCACAUUACAGUGGAAUGCCUGUUUAUUAUCACAAAUUUACUCAAGUCGUAACUCAUUCACGACCAUAUCAAGUUGAUGGAAUGGUUCGAGACCAUGAAAUACCAGUUUCAGCGAUACCUUGCUUAUAUCGAGAAGUUAUGGAUAAAAAGUACGAAGACUUGAAAAAUCAUCGUACAGAGAUUUCCGAGAAUUGCGACGAGAAGGAGAAACGUUGUCCGAUCGAGAUUCCACCGAACGAGAGCAAAAUGAAUCCGGAGCAAUAUCGAGAUUAUUGUGCGAGACGGUUUAAAUUCAAGAAGGUGACGGUUCAUCGAUACAUCGACAAAGAAGGCAAGCAAUCCGCAGCGCAGAAAAGACGAGUGAAUUCAAUGCUGAAAAACAAAGGAUUCGAGUUGGAUUACGAUCAAUUGAAGCAAAAAAAUCAACCGGGCGAGGUGUUGCUUACAUCUGCUUCUGGAGCUUGCCUCAUUGAUUUGACACCGAUACAACCAAAUCUGAGCCUGAAGAAAGGAUCUGGUCCGAAAAAACCGUAUUUAUUGAAUCCGAUGGGCAAAACGUCAGUUGCGGUACUUAAUGAAUUUGUUCAACGGCUUGCAAAAGGAACUCUUGUUUAUGAAGUUGAAAAUACUCGAAACGUCUCAGCUCCUUACAAAGCAACUGCAUUGCUUACAAUGAAGAUGAGUACGAUCCGCGACUUGGCAGGCCAAUGUAAAGAAAGUUUGAUUGUUCUCAGUGAAAUUGCAACUGCAAGUGAGAAUGUUCCAGCGCCGGGAAUAGCUGAUGAUUUCAAACGUUUUGAAAUAGGUUCUGGUAAUGGAUCAAACAAGAAAACAGCUCGUCUGGUUGCUGCGAAAGAUGCGCUUUCGAAACUUAUUCCAAAACUUCGAAUGUCUGAAGAAUAUGUAUGUGAUGGAGUACUUGAGCAGGAGUUACAAAAAGAUUUUGAAACGUCAUCAAAAGUUUUACUGAAACAAGUGAAAAUUGAUUCAUCUGGCCUCGUUGAAAUGUGUAAUCGAUUCGGGAUACCAAAACCAUUUGCCUUGUUGAAGGAAGUUGUAGCUAGAUCGAUGCGUUGGAGUGGUGUGGAAUUUAAGAAAGAAAGAGAAAUGGUCGGAAGUGGGAGUCAAUUGUCGAGAGUUAUAUUAAGUCUAGGUGAAAUGAAAUCGUCAGCUGAAGCCAUCGGAAUGAAACAGGCGAAUGAGAUAGCAGCUCAACGUUUAUUCAAACAAAUGCAUCCUGAUAUGGAAAGCUACGGAAAUUUGUUGAAGGUGUAUGGACACUUGGUCGACAAAACACCAUUAGAGAAUUCAAAACGGCAGCACGAUGAGGUUGUUCGCCUGCAAGAUACUGGGAAUCUUCUGCAACCAAAUUUGACAGUCAUCGCUAAACUUACGGAAGAAAUGGAGAAAGUUACACUGAUUCAUCCACCAAGAAACUUUCUUUACGGACUCUCUCCAAAUGCCACUGGUGUCAGAACUAAUAAAGCAUCAAUGGACACACAAACGGAGAUUCUCAACUACAACUUUAUUCCACACAUGAACCCUAAUCCAAUAAUGAUUCCACCGCCAUAUUUCCAUGUUCCACCUCAAAUGCAACCUCCAAUGCAGCCAUUACUCCAUAUGCCGAUGGUGCAUCCUCCACAAUUCAGCGCAGCGCCUCCACCUGUGCAAGACUAUGGCAUCUAUCAAUCGCCACAGUAUCAAUCUCCACAGUAUCAGCAGCGAAAUGCUAGAAAACGAAGUCGGCCUGAUGAAACAUUGUCUCCGUGUUCGUAUUCAAUGCAUCAAAAACCUCCAUAUAAUUAG